CGCCCCCUCCGUGUGUUUUCUCCUCAGCACUGAAGCGGCAGUGAGCGCCUGGGAACAUGUCCCACGAGAAGAGCUUCCUGGUGUCGGGCGAUGGCUUCCCCGCUCCAAGCCCUGCCUUCCCUGGGCAGCAGCCUCCUGCCCCGCCAGCCUACGCACAGCCCCCCUAUCCACAGCCCCAGUUCCAGCCAGGACCUUACAACCAGCCGGGCUUUCCGCAGGGCCCGUACCCUCAGGGGCCUGGGCCGUACCCACCGGCCCCGUAUGCUCAGGGGCCAUAUCCACCAGCAGGCGCGUAUCCUCAGGGGCCGUACCCAUCAGGGCCGUAUAUGCAGCCGCCAUACGCCCAGCCACAGCCCAUAGUCUCAGAGGACCAAGGCUCUCCGCUGCACAGUAACUACCAUGAGGACGGGCCGCCCUCGUACUACGACAACCAGGACUUCCCCAUCACCCACUGGGACGACAAGAGCAUCCGCCAGGCCUUCAUCCGCAAGGUGUUCCUGGUGCUGACCCUCCAGCUGAGCGUGACCUUGGCCUUCGUGGCCAUCUUCACCUUUGUGAAGGGCAUGAAGGGCUUUGUGAGGCGCAACGUCUGGAUGUACUAUGUCUCCUACGCCAUCUUCUUCAUCUCGCUGAUCGUGCUGAGUUGCUGUGGGGAGUUCCGCCGCAAGUACCCCUGGAACCUGGUUGCCCUGUCCAUCCUGACUCUCAGCCUCUCCUACAUGGUGGGGAUGAUCGCCAGCUUCUACCAAACGGAUGCCGUCAUCAUGGCCGUGGGCAUCACGGCCAUCGUCUGCUUCACCGUUGUCCUCUUCUCCCUGCAGACCAAGUAUGACUUCACCUCCUGCCGGGGCGUGCUGAUCGUCUGCCUGGUGGUGCUGAUCCUCUUCUCCAUCCUGUGUAUCUUCAUCCGGAACCGCAUCAUGGACAUCGUCUACGCCUCGCUGGGAGCCCUGCUCUUCACCUGC